AUAUACCAACUAUAAUUUUCUAUGAUUAUUAAUGUGCGUGACCUUAAAUGGCAUAUACAUAACUAAACUAAAAACGGAAUAUACAAAAUUUUUUUGAUUCUUGUGCUUUUCUUUCAUUUUUUUUUGUUUUUUAAACAAAGUGAAUAUAUAAGAUAACAGUAAUAUUGAGUUUUCUCUGGACGCGUAAGAAAAAGGCCUAAAGAGAAAAUUGUAAUUAAAACAAAGGAAUAUCUUCUGUGAAAAAAAUAUUAUGCGAUCAAGUCAUUACCAAUUGUUUUCCAUGCCAAUAGAAAACAAAUUCGCCGAAAAAUAUUGUGAACUGUUUCUUUAAUAAUUUAAAUAAUUUCGUUCUACAGAAAUAAAACCCAGAAUUUGAACUAUAACGACGAAAAAAGAGAGACUAAAGUUUACAUUAUAUUAAAAAUAAAAAAUAAAAAAAAUAAAUAAAAAUCUUAGCAAUAAAUAAUAUUUAAACUUUUAAGUGAACUGCAAAAGUGAACCUGUUAACAAUUGCCAUAAAUAAUUAUCAUCCAGCGACUAUAAUUCUUUACAAUCAUCCCUGCUGACUUAAGCAAAAAGCGCACGCAUAACUGUUCCAAGUGAUACGAAUUUGGUGGUGUGUGUGUUCGGUGUCGCAAUUCGUUUGGAAUUGAUAUCAUAAAAUCAGUAAAACUGCAAUUAUUAAACGACCCGUACGCUGUUAUUAUGGAAGGCUUUGCCCAUGAUUGGCCAACGCCGCCGCGUUCGGAUAAUAACGCCUUACAUAUGGAUUUAGUUGCCGAAUUGCACGACGGCAGUUUUGAGCCUCAAACGAGGGCUAGAUCGAAUACGUGGCCAUGCCCACGUCCUGAAAAUUUUAUGGAUCCCCCUGACGAAUUGGACAGCACAAAAGCUAGUAACCAACAGUUAACUGGCAGCGAUCCACAGCAAACUACACAAAAUGUAAAUGCCGCUAAAAAGAACUCAUCACGUCGGAACGCUUGGGGUAAUUUAUCCUAUGCUGAUCUCAUAACACAUGCCAUUGGUUCUGCAACGGAUAAGCGUUUAACGUUGAGUCAAAUAUACGAAUGGAUGGUACAGAAUGUACCAUAUUUUAAGGACAAAGGUGAUUCAAAUAGCAGUGCGGGCUGGAAGAAUUCAAUUAGGCACAAUCUUUCGCUGCAUAAUCGAUUCAUGCGUGUACAAAACGAAGGUACCGGCAAGUCGUCGUGGUGGAUGUUAAAUCCUGACGCUAAGCCGGGAAAAUCGGUGCGACGACGUGCGGCCUCAAUGGAGACCUCAAGAUACGAGAAGCGUCGAGGGCGCGCCAAAAAGCGUGUCGAAGCCUUACGUCAAGCCGGCGUGACAGGUGUUGUACUUAACGAUAACACACCAUCGCCAAGUAGUAGCGUCAGUGAAGGUCUCGAUCAGUUUCCGGAAAGUCCGCUGCAUAGUGGCUAUCCCAUAUCACCUGACUUCCGGCAACGUGCCUCGUCGAACGCUAGUUCCUGUGGACGUCUGAGUCCACGACCUGCUCUUGUAGGUUUGGAACUGGAUUGGAACUUCUCACCCGAUUAUCAAAACGCUCCAAUAAAUUCAGCUCAGUCGACAACAUUGGACCAGUUGGCCGGUUCAAUAGCGGAAGAAUUAAAAUUACAAAAGGAUAUGAUGCAACAAGGGUUUAGUGCCGCGUCAAGUAUUGCUUCUCAACCGCCACCGCCACCUUAUCCUUCCAAUCAGCAAGCCUAUAAUAUUAAUGGACCCAUUUCGCAAGGUUACAAUAGUCUGCAGAUCCAACAGUGUAUGCUGCAUCGUUCACUGACCUGCACCUGCUUACACAAUAGUCGUGACGGCCUUUCGCCUAAUUCUGUUACAACCAUGUCGCCUGCCUACCCAAACAGUGAACCCUCUUCCGACUCACUGAAUACUUAUAGUGGAGUAGUAAUGGAUAAUAGCUCUAUGGUGACGACAGGUACAAAUUCUGUGCUACUGAUACAACAACAGCAGCAGCAACGGCAACAACAACAACACCAACACCAAAAUCAAUCUCUAACCGCAAAUCUAGAAGACAAUAAUUGCGCUUCAACUUUGAUUGGACAAUGCAUGGAAGCCCUAAACAAUGAGACGCCAAUUGUUGAAUUUAAUAUCGACAAUUUUCAAGGUGGCCUGGAAUGCAACAUUGAAGAGUUGAUGCAGCAUGAAAUGAGCAUUGACGGCUUGCUCGACAUCAAUAUACCAUUGACAGCUGUCAGCAGUAAUGCCAGUACCAAUACUCUUAAUAGCAGCAAUAAUGGGUUAAUUGGUUGCGUUAACACAGCCAAUAACAUAACAGCCGCAGAUAUGGUAACAGCGCACCAACAGCUCAAUCAAUUGCAAGCGCAAUUGCAACAGCAACAGCAGCAGCAACAAUCACAUAGCCAACAACAAUCGCAACAACUACCGCCACUGCUAAAUAGUGGCAAUAAUACCGCAGCACUUACAUCAGGCUUGGAGCUAUCGACGCAGUCAUCUGGUGCUAAUAUGAAUGCAAGGGUACAAUAUACACAGUCAAGCGUAGUAACACCACCAUCGUGGGUGCACUAGUUCGACGGCACCUUACAAUACAUAUAAACUACAGCAACAAUACUUAGAUUGAAACCUUAAUGUUUUCGAUUGAUCCGCACGUAUCCGCGUAUCCGUUUAAAUGUGGUAAACUAUUUAAAAGAAUCAUCAUUAGCACCUCACAAUCGUUAUAAAGAAAAAGUGGACAUCUAUGGAGGAUAUCCUAAGAAGAACUUCAAUAAGCUUAAUAAUAAUAGAAAAAUCGACUUGCUGCUUACACUUAAUUAAAAAAUAUAAUAACAAUAACUACUCUGACA